AUGAGUGUAUUAGACUUGUAUGAGCGACUAUCGGAUUUAUGCGUAAAUGUGAUCAAUGCCGAUAAGUCGCCGUUCGAAGCAUACGCGGAAAUUGUCAAACUUGAGAAAACUCGAAAAAAUAUCGGCUCGACACUUCUCGAUGUUCUAAUAUCCGUUGAAGGCGAAUGCACAGAGGCGACGAAGCCAAAUUUUCAAAAAUUCGCGCUUCUCCUCCAGAAUACAAUAAUUCCCGAGGAUAUUCUACGAUGUGAGCUCGAGUGUUUCGACGCGCUCAAACAAGACGUCGCCAAGCAGCUAGUGCGCCUAAAAACGCGAAUCUACUUCAAACAAUCGAAAUUCAAUUUGUUGCGCGAAGAAACCGAGGGCUACGCGAAACUAAUCACCGAAUUGAUCGAGGCCGAGCAGAACGCGUCGGAGAAUUAUGCGGAAUUGAUGAAGAAUCGCGUUUUGUCGAUUAUCGGCCAAUUCAAUUUGGAUCCGAAUCGCGUCACCGACAUCAUUUUGGAAUGUUUCGAGCAUUGCCAAAAAAAUAAGAAAUUCUUCAUAAAUCUUCUGAAAAAGAUUCAAGUUGUCAAAGAAUACCUAUGCGCGAUUCUUGGAUUCAAAUACUCAUUCUAUCAGGGCAAUAAUAAAAAGACGCCGUUUUCAUUGUACACCCUCACGGCGGCCCUCAUUCAGAAUGACAUGAUCAACACGAUGAAAAUUCUCGCCUAUAUGGUCCCGAAAACGGAGGCAAUAAAAGAGGGGCAUCGCGCGCGAAUGUCGAACGCUUUGGAGCGAUCAUCGAAAGCCGAGACGAUCGCGACGGCGCAGAUGCCGAUGGACGCGCGCAGCAUCGAGGAGGCGAGCGGCGGCGGCGGCGCGCCGACGACCACCAUCUCGUUCACGACGGUGGCGCAGAUUCAGGAGAACGACGACGCGCGAUUGGCCGAGAAGUUCACCGAGGACUAUGUGUUGGCGACGAAUCAGAAGCUCGGAUUGGCUUGUGCGCUUCUCGAGUCGGGCAAUUGGCAACAAGCGCAGACGCUCAUCGAUCGCCUACCCGAAUACUAUGCGGUGCAGUCGAGCGCGCGACUUUGCCGCGCGUUGUGCAAAAUUGUCGAGAACGCAUUGCAGCCAUUCUAUUCGAAACACUGGCCCAAAAGCGUGUUUGCCGAUUUUCUGAAACGCGGCGACGAUGACGACGACGCAGACGAGGCGAGCGCCGCCGGCGGCGGAUUGCUGCCGAUCGAUUCGUGGCACGAUUUGGGUAAACUCGCCAGCGUUCUCUGGUACUUGGGACCCAGAAUUGCCUAUCGAGCGACGACGUGCGUCAAGGUCCUUCGACUUCUCACCGUCUAUUUUCGCGGAAACGAGAAGGAUGAAAAAUUAUCGCGCAUAUUCACCGACGUCGUCUCCGAGUGCAUUCUGCCAUCGUUGACGCUCGCCGAGACGAACGUCGCCCUCUCCGAAGAGAUGUGGCAAUUGGUGCAGUUGUUCCCCUACACGUGGCGCUAUUGGAUGUACGCGAAAUGGAAUUCGGAAACCCAACGACAUCCCGAAUUGAAUAUAAUGAGGGGAAAAAUCUAUGGACGAACGAAAUAUGUCCUCAAGCGGCUCUCAAAAGAAACGGUACGAGUUAUGGGACGCCAACUCGGCAAAUUGUGCCAUGUUCAUCCGACCACCGUACUCUCGUACCUUCUCAGUCAAGUGCAAACGUUCGACAAUCUCAUUGGUCCCGUCGUCGAUGGUCUACGAUUUUUGACGAGCCUUGAAUUCGACGUUUUGACGUACUGCAUCAUCUCGCAGCUCGCCGAUCCGUCGAAGCAGGCGCUCAAAUCGACGGACGCCACAAUUUCGCCGUGGCUUCAGGCGCUGGGAACGCUCGUCGGCUCGUUGUAUCGACGCUAUCCGCUCGAAUUGAACGGAAUGCUCGAGUACGUGCAGAAUCAGCUCAAGAUGUGCAAGAGUUUCGAUAUGUUGCUGUUGCGCGAGAUCAUCCAGAAUAUGUCGUGGGUCGAGAGUUGCACGCAAGCGACGCGCGAUCAAUUGGAGGCGUUGUCGGGCGGCGAGGUUCUCCGACAGGAGACGUCGUCGGCGACGGUGCCCUCUUUUCUUGGUGGCUCUUUGGCGAGAAAUGGUGCGAAAUCCUGA